UGAUUCCAUCAUCAUUAAAUAAAGCAAUAUCACAAUGAUUCCGUGCUUCAAUCGAAGUCAUGCUGUUACCAAAAUUUGAAGGCGGUAACACUAUCAGAAGGAGUCGAACUAUUGAUAUCAUCUCCUGAAUCUUACUUACUGUUGACCAGGACUUCAUAUUCAUGGCCUACGAUACUCCAACAGCACUCAUCCCCUCCAUGCAGUCAACAAUACACACCCCCUAUAUCUACCCACGCACGCCCUUUACCACCAUCACUCCCCUAGACUACCCAAACUCUCCGUCAGACUCCAGCCAUGCAGAUCACACCCACCAACCACACCAGGUACCACCGCUCUGGAAACGACAGAUUCCAACGACCAAUAACAGGAACCAAACCACCGUUCGGCCGAUCGUUUCCCGGCGGGAACUAAAGUAAAGAAGGAAAGCUUGCGAAUUCUGACAGGGGGCGCGUUACUGUUUUGGAUACGGAGGUCCCGAGGGAGACCGAGGUACAAUGGGGAGUUGUUUGGGGUAAGGUGGAGAGGACAAGGUGUGGUAGGUC